CAGCGGCGCGGACCGGCCGCAUCCAAAACGUUUCUAUUAUUUUACAUUACGUGUUUCAUUUCGCGUAGACUUUUGGACAGCGGUAGUAUGCGGCGCGAUAGUGCAACAAAUUUGUGACUUUGGACAUUAAAAAAAAAUGGAACAUCGUGACUUUUUCGACAAAAACAAGAAUCAUUUUUACCGGCAAAAAAAUAAUAUUUCAUAACCGCAACUUUACGCAGUUCAAACUAGAUUUUUUUUUCACUGGUUUCUUCAAGUUUUUCUUUUCGCAAUUACACAAACAAACAUACUAAAUGCAGUUCAAUAAGUUUGAGUUUACGUACGUUUUGUUUUGUUUGAAACUUUAACAAGAUAGGCAACAAACUGUAUUAGCGACAGACGGAAGAAGAGAAGAGAAGAGAAGAUGGCGCUCGCAUCUUCUGUCAGCCUGUAUUACUCCAUAGUGCAGAGAGCUGCUAGGCACUACCUGGAAGAUUAUUGUCACACAGACACGACAACACCGUACGUCCUCUACAAAGAUGGUGUGGAGCGAGCCCCACCAGGCACGCAGUGGGGCGGCGGAGUGCUGGACGGUGGCUACCAGCCCAUGCAACACCAGAGCCCCGGUGGGCCCUCACCACAGCCCGAGCCCCAGCUCGCGUCGCCAGCUCCAUCACCCUACCCACCCGCGCCGCCGCCCCCAGAUCCAUCCGCGGCCGCGGAGGACGCCGCCCAGCAGCUCGCACAGCAGCAGGCCCAGCAACAAGCGCAACAGCAACAACAGCAACAGCAGCAGCAACAACAACAAACUUCUCCAGAACAUAUGCAAGUGGAGCAACAGCUCCAAAGUCAACCACAACCCCAACCUCCCACUCAGGACCACUUAGACCGAACACCAUGCUUCGUCCCGCAGCCAGAUCUGCAGCAACAAUACACGCCGUAUUUCAAAGAAGCGAGACCAGCGAGCCACAUGCUGGGUACUGGUGGCUUCCCUUUACACUACUUGAAACAAAAUGGUGGUGUGCUAUCCUUAGAAGGUCCACUAGACCAGUACGCUGCACCUGACCUGCGCCACCUGCCUGACAUCGUGCAGCCUGAGCCACCAAAGCCACGGAAACAUAACCCCAAUUCAGAGCUGCGCUUGUUCAAGUGCUUGACGUGCGGCAAAGACUUCAAGCAGAAGUCGACGUUACUGCAGCACGAGCGGAUCCACACGGACUCGCGGCCGUACGGGUGUCCCGAGUGCGGCAAGCGGUUCCGGCAGCAGUCGCACCUGACGCAGCACCUGCGCAUCCACGCGAACGAGAAGCCGUACGCCUGUGUGUACUGCCCGCGCUCGUUCCGGCAGCGCGCCAUCCUCAACCAGCACCUGCGCAUCCAUUCCGGUGAGAAGCCAUAUACGUGCGGCGAGUGCGGCAAACAUUUCCGCCAGAAGGCCAUCCUGAACCAGCACGUCCGCACACACCAAGAUGUUUCACCACAUCUCAUCUUCAAGAAUGGAACUACUCCAACGCUGUGGCCCCAAGAUGUACCAUUCCCUGCUGACGAAAACAAAGAAGAGAUCCAGUCAACUUUCGGCGACGCAGAUGGACAGAACGGUGACCAGCGCGGCUCCUGCUUCUCACCAGGCGACACGGCGCAAUAUCCAGCUUACUUCAAAGAUACGAAAGGUCUCAAUCAUUCAGUUUUCAGCUCAGGUCUUUCUCUGCAAUAUUUGAAAGGGGGUAAGCUACCUGACGUACUUGGAGGAAGAGCAAUGCCUCUGUACGUACGAUGCCCAAUAUGCCAAAAGGAAUUCAAACAAAAGUCAACGCUGCUUCAGCACGGGUGCAUUCACAUAGAAUCACGCCCUUAUCCGUGUCCAGAGUGUGGCAAGCGUUUCCGACAACAGUCGCAUCUAACGCAGCACCUGCGCAUCCAUACCAAUGAGAAACCAUACGGCUGUGUAUACUGCCCGCGCUUUUUCCGUCAGCGAACCAUCCUCAACCAGCAUCUGCGUAUCCACACGGGCGAGAAGCCAUACAAGUGCACGCAGUGUGGUAAAGAUUUCAGACAAAAGGCCAUCCUGGACCAGCACACGCGGACGCACCAGGGUGACCGACCAUUUUGCUGCCCAAUGCCUAACUGCAGGCGGCGGUUUGCCACAGAGCCAGAAGUAAAGAAGCACAUCGACAACCACAUGAAUCCGCACGCAGCUAAAGCGCGGCGCGCUGAUGCCGCUAAGACCCCGCGGCCCCUGCCGCCUGCUGCCGCUGUGGUGAAGCCCGAGCUGUACUUCCCGCAGUGCUAUGCUCCACCGUUCCAACAGUUCCCCGGGUCGGGAGCCGAGUUCAAGCCCGCGGUGGGGCCUGGCGCGCCAGUGGCGUGUCUGCCGGCGCAGUGACCCGCGCCACCGCCGCGGUGGCACCCGGCGCCCUCUCAUGCGCACGCGCACCACGACCUCUACGCCGCCGACCGCCUCUACAACUGAGCACGCGGCGACACAAGUAUACGACCGCGCUACCUGCGCGCCCACAUUACCAGUAGUCGAUGUAUCAUUAACCGGAUCGCUGUAAAACGAGCUUCGAUCUGUAAAUAACGUCCUGUUUAUACUCUGUCGGGAGUCCUGUCGCGAUGUACAAUUUCAAAGUUCAUCACGUGUAGUGUUACCGUCGAAGAAGCGAAUGCAGUUAGCGUUUUUGCCCCGUAAUCGUUAAGUUACCAAGUAAGAGUUAGUUUUCUCGGUGAUUCUCGAUUCUGCUGAAAUGGUCGCAGACGCCCCGAGCAGAUCUAGCUCGGAGAUUAGGAUUUAAAACACUUCGUUGAAAUCUAAAAAUUAAGAAUUGAUCUUUUACCACAUAACAAUAUUUCGCGAUGAAUGUUUCUGGCGCGACGUUGUGCCUAAUUGUAAUGAAUACCUAUACAUAUUUUGUAGAUGUAUUAAGUUAAUUUUAUUUACGAGUAUUAAGAGAUAAAAUCUGGCAAAUUAAUGGGGUUUAUACAGGAAUCCAUGAUGCUCAAAAUACGUUAAAAGUAACGAUAAGGAAGAUAAGAAUUUACGAGUUAGGUGUAAAGAGAGUUGAGACACGAGUCUAACGCGGGAUGAACAUCGUGUGAGGAAUCAUGAAUGCAAACCAAAAACGUAGGUUACCUGUUGCCAUCAACAUUUACUUUGUUAGUGUUACGCGCGGUUCUGUCACAUAUACAUGUGCGAGUACUGAAUGUCUCCGUAACACUAUAGGUGCCAAAUAGCGUAGUGAUUUUUAAAUUUUUUCUACCAGCUUGUAUUAUAGUUGGCCUAGUUUAGGUUGUUACCAGUUUUUUCAACGAUGUGACAAAAUGAGAUGCAUUUAAGAGGAAAGGGUCAGACUGAGAGAGGACUGUGAUAGCUAGGUAGGUUAGGUGUCUAUUUCGCUCAUUUAGCGUUUAAUCUUCGUGUGUCGAGACGAGAUCGGGAAUCGUUGUGGGCUCGAGUGACUGUUCGGAAGUUUUCCUUUACGUUUUGUGCAAGUGCAAACGAUUGCUUUUUAUGUGAGUCGAUUCGAUAUCGAAAUUAUGUUUAUUAUGUUCCUAAAUUUUAAUGAUCUGUGGCUGGCAGGACGUGGCCGGCCCCUUCUUUUCCUUGACUGAUUUGGUAACAUUAUUAGGAUGAGUGAGAUUAGUAAAAUUUACCAUAAAGGUGAAAUGUGUGAUGACGCAAAGUGCUUUGUAGUAGUUUGAUCCAAGGGACGGAGGGUACGCCAGAGUAAAUCUUAUUUUUAAUUUAGCUUAGACUAUCGAUUUUCGAAUUACCAAGCAAUUCGAUCAUUCAUCGCGAAAUAAAUUAGAAUUUAGGAAGAAUAAAAUAUUAUAUGAAUUUGUAACAUUGAUGGAGUAUUCUGGUGGUGUGUAUGAGUCUCAAAUAUUAUCGCAUUCACGUCAUCCCCGUAAACAAAAUGAUGCAGCUCAAACAAAUUGUAAACGUGGAUAUGUAGGCUUCAUACUGAGCGAAGACACGGAUAUAUUUAAUAUAUCUGCCAAAAAAUCAAAAUUCAUAAAAAACAAAAGAUGGUCAGGCCCAGACACUGUACGAGUCUCCCAGACUAUAAACUACGAACAGUGCCAGAAUAUUCCAGCAAACUUUUUAACGUUUUACUAUCUCUGUUUGUACGUAUAGGCAACUUAUAUAGCUUAUUUUACUAUAUUAUUGUGAUGGUUUCGUUUUCCUACCGCAUAAUAUGAACUGUUAAUUAAAUAUAGGUGUAAUAGUAAGGUGGAUUCGUGGGAGUCACAUAACCAAUUUAUUAUUUGUCACUACGAAGUGAUCGAUGCAAUAUUAUUUAGUGGGUUUAUUGUGUGUUGAUUUUACGACAAAUUUAUCGCAUUGGGCAAUUAUGAAAAUUAAUCGGACCGUUAGUUGUGAACGCCGGCGCCGGUGCAGCGGACGAAUGAAGUACACAGUUAACGAACCAAACAAUCUUCUAUACGAUUCUUGUCGAUUCCAAAUCGAGUACCACAGAUAGCUUUAGAUCAUCACCAGCGAUGAGGACACAGUCACGUGCACCGUUCACAACUGACGCCAAACCUAGCAUUUUAUUUUCCCAUUUGAUUUUCCUAUCAAACUUUCGGAGGUUUACAAUCAAAAACAUCGUUAUCGAAGAAAAUUAGAAACAUUUAUCUUCCGUGACUAACGUUUUCCACAUUGUUCACAUGUGAUCCUCCUAGAGGGCAGCACCGCGCCGCCCCCGCCUCCCAACACAAUAGCAUAGGAUUCAGUUCUGUUAUAGUUUAUACGACACACGAGCAGCCUUAUACAAUAAUAGUUGAUAAGUAUUUUUAUACAAUAAAAGAUAUAUUUGUUCCAUACUGGCGGGGGGGGCGCGUCGCGGCCGAGUACAAAGUUUGAAUACAAACGUACAACACAGUGCCAUAGCCGAGACAUAACCUCAGAUUUAUACUUAUUAGAUUUUUAUACCGAUACAAAUGGAUUUAAUUUUUAAAUAUGAAACAAGAAGUGAUUAAGUAUACAGAGAUUACAGAUGAUAUUUUAUACAUUUAUUACAUACCAUAUUAUUAAAAAGGUAAAUGUGAAAUAGUCUUAAAGUUAGUGUCGUGUGCAACGUGCUGAGUAAGUACUUACACUCGUAUUACUUAUACCGGAGUUGUGGAAAAUUGAUCCGAAACGCUAUACAUCCAUUUUGCACAACUUUUAUAUCUUCAAAUGCACGUUGGUUUCAAAAUUUUAAUUUUCACUUACAACUUACAUUCAGUGUGGUUAUUGUAAAUACAUAUCAUUGGGAAUUAUUGAGGCAGUGUUGCAACACAAGAAAAUAAUUUUGGUUUUUAUUGAAACCGGAAUAUUGCAGACAAAAAUGUAAGCCAACAAAUAUCGGAACAUCGAUCGAUUGAUACACAGAAUGAUUUAGUCAUUGAAUGGAAUUACUGUAGUAAACAUGUCCCAGACUGUUCCGUUUGUAUUGCUCACUGUUUUGUUAAGUUUUGCUCAAUUACACGUGUAUGUAUACCUAUAAAGUUAAUCUUAUUAGUUAUUAUUGAGUACGAAAUGAUUUUGUAAAAUAUUCUUUUGAGAGCACGGUUUUGCUUUCUUAUGAAACUAAUUUUUAAGUGCUGAAAAGAUUCGACUGUAUACGCAGUCCCAGUAAGAUAACAAUUUGAACAUUAAAAUUGACAAAUCUUGUAGUUCACAAUAUAUAAACCAUAGUAAACAGUGUCAAGCCGUAUAUAAACGUGCCGUCCAGUUCUGAUCGGAUAUCCAUACAGUAUGUACCUAACUUGGAUUAUGUUCCCCGACCGCUCAUUUCAUAACAUUAAUUAGGUUUCAAGCAUGUUCCUAACCUUUAUUGAUACGUAAUAUUUAUUUAUACACUACCUACAGACAUUUCUUACCGACUACCCAUAGGAUAGAAGUUAGAUUCAGUAAAUCAUUUGCCAAUUCUUGUCUAAUAAAUAUUUCCUUGAAUGGAAUCAAAUUCCAGUAUCAACAAGUUUAUAUCCAUCAGACUCUCGGAGCCAAGACCUUCGAUAGCAAAGUACCUACCUAAUGCAAUUUUACCCAAUCAUAGCUAAACAAGAAACAUCUUCGUAUUUAACUCAAUAUCAAUACGCCUACUUAAUUUUGUGUAUUUUUAAGUUGUUAAAAAUAUUAAAAGGAGAGAAUAAGAUCGCAUUGUAAAACAAUACUUUGCAUAUAACAUAAUAAUUAUCAGGAUAACGUCAAUUGUAUUAAAUACAAUUAUAAAGCGAUGUAAGUGAAACUGUAACGUUGCAAAGUUUGUUGAAACAAUUAAUUAAUUUAGUUUUUAACACAACUUGUACUAAUUCCUUUCGUUUAAUGCAUUUAUUUGUGAUCUCAUGGUGAAAUUGUACGGUCUAUUAUGUAUAAAAAUUGGCGAAUGCAAGUCGACCUACCAGGGUGCUUACACUUGAAACCAAUCUCAAUAUCAAUGCAAUUUCAAUCCAAUAAAAUGUCAAUAAUUAUUCAAUGUAAAACUAUACAAUCGUAGGGGUUAAAAUAGUAUUCAGAGUACGGAAUAUAAAGCUAAACUCAAUACCAUUUACUUCAUUCAACAUCCACGCAAUACGGAUGCAA